AUGAAAGCGAUCGCUGCGUUAGCCGGCUCCGGCCUCAUCACCCUCGCUCACGGCCACGGGUAUCUUACUAGCCCCGUAAGCCGCACGCGCCAAGGAGCGGAGUCUGGAGGGGAUACUUGCCCAGAAUGCACGAUUCUCGAGCCGGUGACAGCUUGGCCGGAUGUCGAUGAGGCAAAGGUCGGCCGCUCAGGCCCUUGUGGGUACAACGCCCGCGUGAGCUUUGACUACAACCAGCCAUCGGCGAACUGGGGAAACAAAGUCGUAGCCACGUACACUCCCGGCCAGGUCAUCGACGUUGAGUGGUGCGUCGAUCACAACGGUGAUCACGGUGGGAUGUUUGCCUACCGCAUCUGCCAGGACCAGGCUAUCGUCGACAAGUUCCUCGAUGCUAGCUAUCUCCCCACCGAAGAAGAGAAGCAGGCUGCUGAAGACUGCUUCGAGGCGGGUCUUCUCCCUUGCACUGAUGUUGACGGCCAGGACUGCGGAUACAACCCCGACUGCACCCAGGGCCAGGCGUGCUACCGAAACGACUGGUUCACGUGCAAUGGAUUCGACAACGGCGACCAUACCAAGUGCCAGGGCGUCGAUAAUGCGGCGCUGAACUCGUGCUUCACGACCAUCGCAGGGGGCUACACAGUCACCAAGAAGAUCAAGAUCCCAGACUUCGUGUCUAACCACACGCUGCUCUCGUUCAAGUGGAACUCAUUCCAGACGCCUCAGGUAUACCUAUCGUGCGCGGACAUCGCCAUCGCCGACAGCGGCUCCGCAUCGACAACGACUAGGCGAUCCACAGCAACCAGUUCGUCCUCGGCCCCUGCAACCAGCACCGCCGCGUGUACCGCCACCACUAGUAAUGUAGCACUGACAUUCAACCAGGCCGUCGUAACCUCGUACGGGGAGACAAUUAAGCUCGUGGGCUCCAUCCCCGAGCUCGGCAAUUGGAACGUCGCGGCUGCGCCGGCUCUGUCGGCCGCCAAGUACACAGCUUCCAACCCCUUGUGGACGCUCUCCCUGAGCCUCGCGCCGGGCCGCAAGUUCGAGUACAAGUUUGUUAAGGUGGCAAGCAACGGGGCUGCCACGUGGGAGAGCGACCCGAACCGCUCAUACACAGUACCAAGUUCGUGCGGCUCGUCUGCGACCGCUGUCGAGGGAACUUGGCGCUAG